CACACAAGGUUAGGUCGCUGGUCUAUAAAUACUAGCCCUCCGCCGCUUUCCCUCCUCAUUCUCCAAAAUUACCGAUCGAGAUUAACAAACAAAUGGCGGAACCCUCCAAAAAGCGAUGGAUUCCUCUCGAAGCGAACCCCGACGUCAUGAAUCAGUUCAUUUGGGGCCUCGGAGUUCCCGAGGACCAAGUGGAGUUAAACGAUGUAUACGGAUUGGAUGAUGAGAUGUUAGAGAUGGUUCCUAAGCCCGUGCUUGCUGUGAUUUUUCUUUAUCCCUACACUUUUCAGAAAGAAUUGGAGAAAAGAGUUGAGCAGCAGCAGGUUUCGGAGGCUGCUGAGUUGAAGGAACAAAGUAAAAAUGUGUACUUCACAAAACAAACAGUGGGUAAUGCUUGUGGAACUGUUAGCAUUCUUCAUGCUAUAGGAAAUGCUACAUCAGAAAUCAAGUUGGUUGAAGGAUCAUACUUCGACAGGUUUUUUAAGACUACAGCCAGCAUGGAUCCUACUGAGCGGGCUGCCUUCCUUGAAAAAGAUGGAGAAAUGGAGGAUGCUCAUGCUGUAGCAGCUAUUGCUGGGGAUACUGAGGCCUCUACAGACGUGGAUCAAAAUUAUAUUUGUUUCACAUGUGUUGAUGGAGAACUUUAUCAACUUGAUGGGGCGAAGACUCGACCAAUAUCACAUGGUCCUUCAUCACCUAGCAGCUUAUUGCAGGAUGCAGUUAAAGUCAUAAAAGUGAUGAUUGAGAACAAUCCAGAUUCCAUGAACUUCAUUGUAAUGGCACUUUCGAAGAAAGCAAUGUGAAGUGCGCGAGGACCGACUCCAUUGCGAGCCUCUUCCAAGUGUUGAUGUUUUAUGGUGUUUUAGCCGUUGAAAGUGUUGGGCCUUCGUGCCAGCAGUUGAACAUUUUCUUAUAUAUAUAUAUAUUAUAUAUAUAUAAAGAAAAGAUUGUAGCUUUAUUACUGGCUGAUGUCUAUAACGAACUGGCUUUGCUAGCAUCAAUCCCAGAAUGCCCAAACUCAAGGCUCGAAGAAAAGGAUGAAAGUAAGAUGCUUGAAAAUGGAGUGCCGAUUCAAGCAUGGAUGUGGGCAAAGCACACGGGUGCGAUGUAGGCUUACUAACCUAAGGCGGGCCAAGAUGGGCCUGCUGUCCAGGGUUUGAAUCCUUGGGUGUGAGAAGAACUUGACUUAGGGGGUAAUUUGGGGAGUUUAGUUUGUAUCAGAACGAUACGUCAUGCACGGUGCGGGGCAAUCUGAACCAAAGAGUGCGUUAGCGUUGCAAUAGAAUUUGUACUCGAGUUUGGGUAAUCUGAACCAAAGGGAGCUGGAAAUCUAUCAAUUGAUUGACUUGCACGACGACCCGAUGCUGCAUGCCCUGCAUGGUUUCACGCAUAGGCAUGUACAUUAUGUUCAAGUUCACAAAUAUUAGUAUUGCAAUUGGACUUUUUGAGGGUAUAUGAUCGUUGCUCCAAUUACUAGACAUACGUGCUACUGGCUUUGGCUCGGGGGUUGGUACCAGCCAAAGACCUCGUCGUAUUGUAGAAGAUAAAAGUUUUCAAGCGUGCCUGUUAAGAUUUUUGGAGAAGGCGUUAAGUAUCUGGAGCUGGAAAACAGUUAGUUUUUCGUGUUUGCUGGUGUGGAGCCACAACUGCAACGUGACCACUGUCGCCUCCGGAGUCUGUUACUCGCCGUGCGGUGGCAGUUAGAUGCUGGUGCAAAUCAUGCCAACACCGUCGAUUUCGUAGGUGAUUUGAUUUCAAUAAUUGUAGUGCCACGGUGACAUUGAUUACAGAGAAAUUAGGUACUAAAAUUUUCAGACCAUCAACAUCCUGAUUGGGCAUCAGGAUUAUAUCGAUCCCAACACAUCCCAUUCUUUUCA